UGUUGGCAUUGCAUUACCUACUCAUUCGGGAUAUAUUUCGUGAUCUGGUUUCCAUUGUGGACUUCUUCUUCUAACACAUCCCUCCCAGUCUUUUCUUCUCUCCUAUUGUGCUAUUUUCCCACUUUCCCUCGCCUCUGCUUCACCGGUUUGCAGAAUUCGGUCAUCCAUCCAGACCGAUCCACAAUUGCGCUUAGGACUUCUAGUUGAUCGUGGAUUUUCUGUCUCUACAAUCUCACCCCUCCUCAACUAGCCUUGGACAAUUUUUACCUAUCCCCGCGGACUGGGUUAUGACCGCGUUGUGCUCUGAAUCCAACGUCAUGACUCAAACCCUUCAAGAUAAGACCAUGCCUCUCGGUAUUCAACGCAACGGGAGCCGACUCGGGGAGCUUCUGGUAGCCGACUCGCUUGUUGCUGCAGGUUCAGCAGCCCUUAUAACGCCCGCCGUGAUGAUCUUCGACAGACUUGUUGUCGAAAAGUCCUUUUACAAUCAGCCUCUUCUCCCCGCAUUCCGCAAGCAUCUAUGGUUCUCCCUUACACAGCCAGCCACCUUCUUAACAUCACGCCCCAGUCUCUUGGUCUUCUUUUCCUACGCGGCUACAUUUGCAACGGCCAAUAUGUCAGAAACUGUGUUGAACAAAGUCUACCCCAAGAUUGACCACGCGAUUGCGGGCAUGACCACAUUUGCCUCGACCUUCUUCGUCAACUCCUCCGUGGGAAUCUGGAAGGAUGUCAAAUUCGCCCAACUUUUUGGCCACAAUAUUAUUAAAAAUUCCCCGACUCCAUCGACUACAACUCCCUCAACCUCGACUCCCAACAUCGUUCGCUCAAUCGGCCGAACCAGAAUUCCCUUGGCCACAUACUCUGCAUUCCUUCUACGAGAUGGCCUUACUAUUUUCGGCUCCUUCAGUCUCCCCGCCAUGGUCUCUUCGAAUAUCCCAGACUCAGUCGCAUCUCAGGAGUACCUGAAGAUCUUGAUCGCGCAACUCGCCAUCCCCGCAUCUAUCCAACUCGUCAGCACCCCGAUUCACUUAUUCGGGUUGGAUGUUUAUAAUAGACCCCAAGUUUUACCGAUGAAAGAUCGGAUUUCACGUAUCAGUCGCGACUGGAUUAGCGCGUCUCUACUUCGCAUGUGCCGAAUUAUCCCCGCCUUCGGCAUCGGUGGGUUCCUCAACACGGAAGGUCGUUUGUAUCUACAUGACCAGUUGGAUGAACGACGCAAGCCUUCAUGA